UUGUGCAUGAUGACAUGAAUGAUUGAAAUUGACUGCCAAGUGCCAAUGUCUUGUUAAAGUGUCAGUCUGUUAGUAUUUGGUUUGUCGAUUCGGAUGCCGACAUAUAAAAAAUUGUAUUUGUAAAUAUUGAGUUAUAAUUAUAAAUAUUACUUUGAAUAACUGCACUGUGGUACUUAAGCUUGGAAAUUGAAAAUAUAAUCUUCGUUUGGGGCAGGCGCAGGUGAUAGUGCGCGGGCAGGAGGUAUGACGUAGCAGCGGCAGGGUGAGGAGGGGCACUGUCAGCUGUUACAAUCAGUCAGCUGUGCAGCAGUGGUGGAGUGUGGACAAUGGAAGCACCGCAUCUCGACGUGACUAUUGCCCAAGACGAUCUACAAGCAGGCGCCGUACAAGUGUUGUCCACUAUCAGGCCACACUGGCGCGUCAACACUGUCGGUUUCAAGAUCUUCACUGAUGGUAUCACCAACAAUCUGAUAGGCUGCUUCAACCCAGAAUGUCCCACAGAUGUGAUCCUGGUCAGGGUGUAUGGACAGAACACAGACCUGUUGAUAGACAGGAAGGCCGAGACGGAAACAAUCAAGGUGCUACAAGGCGUAGGUUUCGCCCCACCCCUGUUUGCAACAUUCAACAAUGGGCUGGCAUACCAGUACAUUCCUGGAGAAGUGUUGACUGUAGAAACCGUCUGUGCACCGUCGAUCUAUCCCCUCAUUGCUCGCAAGAUGGCACAGUUACAUAAAGUCAAGUUCCAUGACUCCCAGCCACAGCCAACCCUAUGGGCCAAAAUCCGCAAGUUCAUCAGUCUAGUCCCAAAUGAAUAUGCACCAUCAGAAAAACAGCAGAGGUAUGUGUCUCUUGUGGCAGGGGGAGCGGAGAUGUUGGGUCGUGAACUGGAGCAGCUGACUACGGAGUUGAGCUCGCUUGGCUCUCCUGUUGUCUUUUGUCACAAUGACCUGCUGCUGGCCAACGUCAUCCACCAGCCGGGCUCUGUCAACUUCAUUGACUACGAGUAUGCAGCGUACAACUACCAGGCUUAUGACAUCGGUAACCACUUUGACGAGUUUGCCGGUGUAACAGAUGUAGAUUUCUCCCGGUAUCCCUCUCAAUCGCUGCAAUGGGACUGGUUGAGGAUAUAUCUGACAGAGUACACUGGCUGUCCACCCUCUGACGACCAGAUACACUCCCUGUAUGUGCAGGUCAACAAGUUUGCUCUUGCAGCCCAUUUCCUGUGGGGCGUCUGGGCCCUGGUGCAAGCGGAACAUUCCAAUAUUGAUUUUGAUUUUCUAGAAUAUGCAGGCCUUCGGUUGAAUGAGUACUUUAGCAAAAAGGAGUCAUUCCUGGCAAUGAAAAUGCCAAGGUGAUAUAUGUGCCAAACAUUCCCUACAGACAAGAUUGCACUUGACUGUUACAUGGUGUUACACAGGAUCCCCUCCCCUUUCCCCUUACCUUCAUGUGGCAGUUGUACUGUUGUACCCGACAGGUGUAACUCCAGGAUAGCAAACUGUACAUUCCAAUCAAAACAUUCCAGUAGAAGAAUUGAACAUUUAUCUAAAACUAAUUGAAAAUCACGCUGUGUACCUUUUUAAUAUUGUUUGUUGUAUGUUUAAAUAAUGAAAAACUUGUUAUUGAUUUUUUCAAUAUUUUCUAUUUAUACGAUUUUGUUAAAAACUCUAUCAGUAUUUUAAAUUGUAGAUCGUACACAUUUUUUAAAAUAACACUUGCAGUAAAUGUAGAGUAGAUUUUGUUGUUGUAAUCUUUGAGCUCAUUUCAAUUUCAUGAUAGGAUUUUCUGAUAAAACAAAAUUAAUUAAUUGAAAUUAAUUGAUGAAAUAAUUAUGAAUUAUGUGAGAAUUUUCAAAUGGUACAAGGUGGCUUGAAUAAAUUCUUUGAUUUGAGUGAUAAAUGUUUUGAGGGUCAAUCAAAUUUAAAAAAAUUGUGUUUCCAAACUUGGUGCAAACAGAUAGUUAAUUCAUGUAUAGUUAGUUAAAUAAGCCAAUGCAAUUAGGAGUUUGGUUGGCAAUUUUGAAUCAACUUUUUAGUGACUUCCUACACUCAGAAUUAAUUUUUUUAAUUCAAAAAGUUUUAUAUUAGGUCAAGAUGAACUAAAAGAAUAGAGUUUGCCCACAAGUUAACAUAGCUAAAAAAAAAAAUAUAUAUAUAUAUAUGAAACAUUUAGCAGAAUGUCCUCAGAAAAAUGUAUACAGUUGAAAAUCGAUUCAAGAAUUUGUAAAUUAGAAACAGUUUUACGAUUAAGGCUGUUUAUUAUGAAUCAUUUCUGUCCCUAGUGGAAGUUGUGAGUUAGCACUCCACUAACUCGUAAAAUGCAGUAUGGAUUGAAGCUAUUACAAGGGUAUUUCAUUUUUAAUUAAGGCAAUUUGGUUCUUAGUGACAAAUGUUUUUAGUGUGAUGCUUUUAUUUAAAGUUAAAACAGUUAAAUUUGUCUUCAAGGUCUUAAAAAUAUUUCAUCAAAUUUGUACUUAAAAAAUUGAAAUCAUGUUUCAAUUAGGUUUUUAACAGUGUUUACUAACUCAAAUUUUGGAGUACAUCUACAGUUAGUAUAACAUUUGUUUGAAUUAAAAAAACUUAAACUCCUUUUUAACUCCUUGGUGUGAACUUGAUUUGACUGUCGGAUGUCACAAUAUAGAUUUUAAUAUUCAUAUUUUUUAAAUGCUUGGUGAUCAGACACCCUAAAAAUAUUGAAUGUAUUGCAUAAAGUUUUAUUUUUUAAAUCUUUGAACAUAAUUUUACUAGUUUUUAUCACAGAAUAAACCUUAAUUAAUAUAUAAGUUGAAGUGUCAAAUAAAACCGCUUGUAUUAUAUUAUGUUUACUUGAACAUCAUGUUACUUAUUUACUUGUAGUUACCAUGUUGUGUUUAGAACUGAGUAAACAAUUGGCUAGUGAUCUGCUUGUUUUAUGUGUUUUUACUGCAGUGAUGUUUUACCUUUUGCUUUAAAAUUUGUGGGAUUAAAUUAUUGUCAAAUGUGCUUAGGUUUUAUUUUAAAUGUUUUAAAGUGGUAGUAAUAAAUCAAGUUUUUUUUAAUAGCUAAAUAGAUUUAAAGCAUCUAUGUUACCUAUGUACAAAGCUAUAAGGUUUAUACUAUAAGGUAGUGAUUAAUAUAGUUCAGUGUAUUAAAAUAAAAUCAUUAUCCAACCAAUAAUUCUAAACAUUAAACAGUUUAAAAGAGUAAAAGCAUUUAAAUAAUUAAUAUUUUCUGAAACUGCAUAACUACUGUAUUACAAUAUGUUCAUUUCAUUCAUCACCUUUAUUUUUGUAAAGUUUAUGUGUUCUCUUUGAAAAUAAAAUAAUUAAUUAUUAAAAUGUACCUAUUUGAUAGUACCAAUAUUAAACUGUAAUAGUACCCUGAUUUAUGUGGGGAUUUUAUUGUUGUUUAUAGGUUAGUAUAUGUUUUUAUCCAUUUACGUACUUUUGAGAAUAGUCAUCUUGAGUUGGCCAAUUUUUAGGGUAAGUAGUGAUAAAUGGAAAAAGAUAUCUGGAGAUAUGCUCUGUUAUUUUGAAAUGGGAUUUCUUCAGUUAUAAUCAUUAUGCAUACUAUAGUUUUGAUUUGUUAUUUAAAUUCAUACACAUAUUCCAUGUAUAUUGAAAUUAUUUAGAACGUAAUAUUGUUUUAAAAUCAAAAAGUGGUAGAUUAUGAUUCUCAAUUCUGAACUCAACUAUGUCCUAUUUAAGACUCAUUUCAUGCUGCCAAAUUCUGGUAUGUUAAGUGUUUAAUCCUGCUCUCCAUGUCAAGUUAAGUGGUCACUGAUGUUUAAGGAAACGGUGGCAACAAUAAAUUAAGGAAUAACUAAGGAAUUACUCUAGUUAAUUAUGUAACUCCUGAAGAGGUAUUGUGAUGCAAUUGUAUUUAGAUGAGGUAAGAAUGCCAUUUGAUUGUUUCUUGUUUGGGUUUCCUUUUAACUGCAGUGAAAUCUAAUAAUGUGGUUCAAAAUGAUGUACUUGAUUUUGAUAUAAAUUAUUGAUGUCAAAAGUACCAUUGUAAAGUUGUGUCAUUGUACAAAGGCUAUAUUUUCUUAUUGACCCCAACGUCACAUCCAUUAGGAAUUGAGUUUUCUAAACGAUACUAUGACACAAUAGUUUAACCCUCGUAGGACCAACUAAUGGUAUAUCGGUAAUUUGGAUUUUGACACAAUUAGAUAAUAAUUCACUUCACUAUUCAGGCACAUUUCUACUAUGACCCUGUUAACAGUUUUUAUAUCAUUUAGUUGCACAAUUGUCACCAGUUCCGGGAACUCCUGCCUCCUGAAAUGAUUGACAUUUAAGAUAGACAACUGCCUGAUAUUAUUUUGAGUUUGUAUCACAGUAAAUUAUCAUGUAAUGGUUAAGAUCAACAAUAAUAUGAGACUACAACAGACACCCAACCCUGCUGGUUGCUUUUUUCACAAAUAAUACCCAAAAUCCAAAAUAACUUACUGUUAAGUUUGUUUAUAGUGUUGUUUAGUAUGUUUACAAAGAGUUUAAAUGUUUCACAAUUAUUUAAAGACAUUUGAACAAAGAUAAAAUAGCCAGUCAAAGCUAAUUUUAACAUUUUUUUAUUGUUUCAAAAUUUUAUUAUUAUUAUUUAUCCUCUUUUUUCAGUAAAGUUUUGAUAAAAAUUGUUUAAAUAACUUGCUAUCUCCAUUCAACUAAUUUAUAAAUGUAUAUACGUACUAAAUCUCACUCCAACAUUUUUUUAUCUUUCCAUUCAAUUUGUGUAAUCAAAAUAUUCAUUUUUGUAACAAAAAUGUUGUUUGUGGGUCAGCGAACAAAUUUUUCUCUCCUCAAAUGACAGCAUUUAUGUUUUUAAAUGGUUCCCUAGUUUAUGCAAAUAAAAACUGUCAAUGAUACAAUUCUCAUAAACCAGUACAAUUUAAAAAAAACCGACAUGGAAAGGUUCUAAAAGGGCUAUUUUCAGAUAAGACAUAUGCCAAAUCAUACAGUCACUGAACCCCUUUCAUCAAUUUCACAACAGCUUUGUUAUUGUCCAAUUUACAUCUCAGAGCUUACUUCCACUUCGUAAGGAGGCAGGAGUAGUCAUGCUUGCUCUAACAUUCCAGUUUCCUUCCACUGCGGUAAAAUACAAUGCAGUGACUUUAAAUUGUGUUGCUGCAACAGUUUAAAUACAUAUAAUUUUUGUUGUAACAGUUCUGUAACCAUUCCAGUAGUGUAUUGUAACAAUGCAGUUACAUUUACCUCUAAUAUAAGUCAUAUUAAUGGUAACUGGUAGCUGAUUAGUUGAUUAUACCUGAUCAAGGCCCUUUUUACACAAAUUUUACUGCAACAAUUCUUGAAGGGAUGGUGUACUGCAUCUUUCAAACAAAAUAAUGUGAAGUGACAUAUAAAGUUGAAUGAGACAGACAGAAACUGUUAUGCAGAUAAUCCUUAUGAUACUGGUGAGCACUAAUCCACCUAGUACUGCAAGUUCAUUUUAAACUCAAUUUGGACAUUUGUUGGAUAAUUUUAAAACAAGUGUAUAACCAAAGAUUUUUUAUAAUAACAUUAAUGAUACAUACACAGAUAGACUACGCGAAAUAAGGAAAUAUUGGCUAUUAAAUAUAUUAAAGAGUUACAGAAUUGGUUUUUGUUAUUAAUAUUUAAUUAUUAUUAAAUUACAAUUCUUAAAUAAUAAGUUAGUUUUACAUUAAUCAUGCUACAUAGAACAACAUCAACGUUUGUCUAGGUACAUUGCUAAAUAUUUUUUUUAUUUUGUGGUAAAUUGCCUCUUGCAAUCUUUCAAAUAAGGUUUUAUUUACAUUUUGCGAGAUAUACAGAGUCAUAUUAUAACUGGUAUAGCAAGAAAUUUCCUGUGCAGCAAAAUUACUGGAAUGUUUUUAUCAGUCUAGGGAAAUUGCUUGAAUAAAACAUUAUGUAUUUGCAUGUUAGUACCUUAUUGUAUGUUAUUUUUUUAAAAACAGCAAUAAUAAAGUUUACGUAGUGCACCGAAACAUUUUUAGAUUAUGUAACGACAUUUCAGUGCACUAUCAAUCGAGUGAUAUUUUAGACAAGACGAUCUAUCUAAAACUAUUUUCUUUGUGCAGUUUGAUUUAAAGGUACUUUUCUAUAAGACAUUAUUUGAUUAAUUGUACUUGUGUUUCAUUACUGUAAUAGAACUUAUCUGAUAUUUUUGUUUCACAUAUAUAUAGCUUGAAACAAUCAUGUUUUUUAAACAUGAUAUUUAUUGGCAGAUCAAUAUUAAAAAAUGCUGUCCAAUGCUGCAUGCCACUCUUCUAAGUUGUGUUAUUCUAUUUAGUAUUCUAUUAGACCUGGACAUGCUUACUGACAUAUAUAGUAAUUUAAUAAAUUACCUCCAUCAUACAUUCCAAAUUUGUUUCGAGUUUACAUGUAGUCCUCAAGCUUUCAUCAAAGAACAGGUCAAUCUGCAAAGAUGGUUUAGACGUUAAAGAAUCACACACACGAACUCAAAUUAUAUCUUCUUACCCUUACAGUACGAUGGACAUAUCCAUUUUAAAUGUUUUAUAUGUUUAUCUUAUUGUUUUUUUUUGUUCAUGUGUUUUUGUUUUUGACGUGGAAGCCACCUGGUGAAUUGAUCUGUUCUUCAACGUAACCCUGAGGAUGAUUUUUUAACAAUGAAACAUGUACAAAAUUUGGAAUGUAAUAAAUUAAAUUAAUAUUUCUACGUCUUAUUAUUCAUUUAAGACUUAUUAAUUAUUCUAAAAGCAUGGUGUACUCAAUCGCAGUAUCAUGCUUCUUUCCAAAUAUGCGUGUUAAACACUGUUCAUGUGACUCAAAAGGAUCAUGCAUCUUACACCUCAGAACUUUCACCCAUUAAUUACAUUUGUUUAUUCAUUCAGGUUGCUGAAUAAUAAUCAGUGCUUCAAUGACAUGAUUAUGUUAUGUCAUAAUCAGUUGCCAUCACUUGCUGCUCUUCCUCUCUAUGAGAGAAAAUGAACAUUUUGCCUUAUAAGACAAAAAUCCACUAAUAGCUGACAAAUAUAGAUUAAGAUUUUAAUUUAUGGUAAAAAUAAAAUAUUACAAAAUUGUUAGUUCAGUAAUUGUUGCGGACAAACACGUACUUACUAUUCAGACGUUCCUAGUUCUUUGUUUUAUAGUAAAGAUUUAACCGUUUCUUGAGUCAUAAAGACUGUGGUGUAAGUAAGUACUCCAUUGGUUGUGUAAGAACCAUACAAUAGCUUAUAAAUGUUGUAGUGAAAGUGUAAACCUAUGUUAAUUUGAAAUUACAGCAUUUAAUCAAUAUUAAAGUUAAAACUGUACAGUCUGUGUACAUAAAUUACUGUACCUGUUUGUGUCAAUGUACACAAUCAUUUAUAUGUAGCUUCCUCUAUGUACAAGGGCAUAUACUCUUAUUAUUUUAAUAUAUACAUUUUUUGAAAGCUAGUCAUAUUUGUAAAUCAUUUUCAUUUUUCUUUUGUGAUACACUAAUUUAUAUAUUUAUUAGAUGAUAAUUGCAAGACGAUGUGAUUGUCUAUUUUAUUGUUUGAUUUACAAAAAUAAAUAUUCUUUGCAACGAUAAUGUGAUAACUUGUUUACCAUUUGUACUUAAUUUAUAUUCCUAUUAUUUAUUUAUCAUAAAAACAAAUUUUAAAUUAGAGUGAAGUUUUCAUAUUUUCUGUAUAAAUAGGGAAGUAUUGAAUAUGAUAUUUAUUGUGAAUGUUUUCUGAUGUAGCUUAUUUAUAUCAUUAAGUGAAAGUUACUCCCUGACUAAUAUACGAGGGUUAUCCAGAAAGUAGAUUACGUUUUGAUAUAAACAAUAAAUUAUUUUAUAUAUAUAAUAUAUAUAUACUGUAUAUAUUUGAAAGUGGCACUAAUAUACUAUUUUUCAAUAUAGUCGCCAUACAAAUUUAGGCAUGUAUCAUAGCGGUGAACUAGUUUUGAAAUUCUGCCGCCUGAUACUUAACCAGGUAGUCACACCCUUCUGCAGUUCCACGUCAUCAUCAAAGCGCUGCGUUGCAAACCAGGUCUUCAUUGCUGAAAACAGGUGGUAGUCAGGGGUUGCAAGGUCCAUACUGUAAGUCGGAUGUGGAAACACCUCACACUGAAAUUCAUCCAGGACUUCUCGAGUCUGAUUUGCCAUAUGUAAUCGGGCGUUGUGCAAAAACAAAAUUUUUGAACUUAACUUUCCACUGUGCUUGUUUUGUAUUGCUUUACUUAAGUUUUCCAAGGUUUCACAAUGGUAAAACCAUAAACUUUCAGAAUUUAUGGUUGGGCUACGUUCUAAGAAAUCAAGGAGAACUCCUAUCAUGUCCAAAAAAACAGUAACCAUAAUUUUCCACGCCAACAGUGUUGUGUGCAUGCACUUCCAUAGUUUUUUAGGGGAGUGUGUGUGCCCCUAAUCCAUAGGCUGUAAUUUGGUUUUCGCAAUUCACGGAAGUCUCGUCCCCCUGUAAUCAUUCAAUCAAGCAGUGAAUCACCAUCUUAUUCGUGUCUAUAUAAGCCAUAUACUGGCUGGAUAGUCAUUGAAUGCAGAAACGCCCUGACAUCAAAAUGGCCACGAUAGUAACUACCUUAGCAACUACAGAGCGAAACGUAAUCUACUUUCUGGAUAGCUCUCUUAAUAACUAUUUCAUUAUAACUAAAUUAAAAUAAUAAUCAACUUUUAAUGACAUUGAUAUAUUUUCUAAGAUGAAACUAAUGUUUAAAAUUAUUACUGAAGUUGGGCAGUUCCUCUAGAUGAAAGUUUUAUAAAAAAAAAAACUGAGAAGAAAACUAAGCAUCUAUUGUCAAAGGUAUGUUGAGAAUAUCCACUGAAAGUGCUAUAGCAAUAUUUAAAGUUAUUGCUGACAAACAAGAAAACUGGUUUUGAAAAUUUAAUGCUGUCAAUGUAUACUGAUGUAAGAAAAUACAUUAACACUUUAAAAAAUUGCUUUUUUGUAAUAAAAACAUCUUGUAAUAUGUUUUGUAACAUAUUGUUAUAACCUGUUGGUCCAAGUUCUACACUAUCAAUUCCUUUUUGUUAGGUCUAGUACUGAUAAUAAGUGAAACAUCAUCUUAUAUUCAUUUGUUAAAAUUUUUUGUUGUGUGCAACUCAUUGGCAACUUGGUAAUUAAUACAGGUUUUGUACAAAUUUUUGAUAGUAGAAAGGUAAUUUUGAAACAGUUUAAAAGGGAAAACUUAAUGAUCACUCUGUAAAAGAGCAAGUCAAUUUUGUUUGCUACUCCAAAAAGUUAUUUUAAAUUAUCUCUUCAGAGUUUAUAAAAUUGUGUUCAAAAACUAAUUUAAAACGUAUAAUAUAAAUAUUGUAAUAUUAUGAAUAGCCCAAUUUGUUUUAAGACUACUUCUGCAAAUUAAUGCACAUAUAAUUGAAUUAGUAUUGGUAAAAUUUAGCAAAUAAUUUAAAAAUCUAGGUGUUUAAAAAGUUGCUGAUGGGUUAGUUGGUGCAUUUAUUUAUUUUUAGAGUAAUUCAAAAGGUGCAAUUAUCAAUAUAUUUAUUUUUAAUAUUUUACAAUGUAGUUCUUUUAAAGUUAUCAAUACAAACACUGAACAUACUUAUUUUGUUGAGUACUUGUCCAUUAUGUACUAUUGUUGUAAAAUAAAGAUUGAGAUUGAAAUA